UAGUUUUCUGAAAUUGCUUUAAGAGAUAAUAUACAAAAGUCUUAGGCAUGAAGAUUAUAUGUCUUAAAUUUAUACUACUUUUACAAGUAGUUAGUAUGGUCGUUGUGACUGGUAAAUUAUGUACAAAGAUUACUGUUCAUAUUAUACCGGAAAAAAUCAAGGAUUCAAAUAACCAGUGGGUGUUAAAGAAUACCAGCAUAUCCAAAGUAGAGAAGUACUGUUGUGAGGGAUACCAUAAUGUCAGUAAUACUUGUAAACCUUACUGCUCCAAUUCUUGUUUAAAUGGAAUUUGUGUUGAGCCGGACAAAUGCGAAUGUCAUUCAGGAUAUAAAUGGAAUAUACAAACAUAUAGAUGUGAGAUAAAAUGUGAUAUACAAAAAUAUAUCUUCGAUAGUUUGACUAACAAAUGUACUCCAAUUUGUUCUACAAAAUGCGAAAAUGGUACGUGCAUUGCUCCCGACACAUGUGAGUGCAAUAAGGGCUACAAAUUUAAUAAUUACACCAUACAGUGUGAACCGUUGUGUUUAAAUUGUGCAAAUGGAAAAUGCAUUUCUCCUAAUAAAUGCGAAUGUAACAAAGGCUACAAAUUCAAUGUUACCAAACAAUGCGAACCAAUUUCUCACAAAAUGUGUGAAAACGAAAAAUGCAUCGCUCUUGACAAAUCUGAAUGCAGCAAAGGCUACAAAUUUAAUAAUAACACAUUACAGUGCGAACCCAUGUGUUCAAAUUGUAAAAAUGGAAAAUGCGAGUGUAAUCCUAAAUUUGAAUUUAACAAUUUCACUAUAAAAUACAAAAAAGAAGCAUUUGAAAAAUGUUCUAAUGGUAAAUAUAUUGCAUCCGGAAAAUGUGAGUGUAACAAAGGUUACAAGUUAAAUGUUUCAACAGAAAUCUGUCAGCCUUUUUGUUCUUCGAAUUGUAACAAUGGAGACCAAGGAAGAUGCAUUGCACCCGAAAAAUGCGAAUGUAAUUCAGGCUACAAAUUGAACAAUUCAACAAAAAAUUGUGAACCUAUCUGUUCUGAACACAGUAAAUGUAAAACCAAAUGUUCUACAACAUGUGAAAAUGGUAAAUGUUUUGAUGCAAAUCCUACUAAAUGUAUAUGUAAUUCUGGAUACAUAUUUAGUUCUAACACAAACUCAUGUAUACCACAAUGUACGAACCCUUGUACAAAUGGCAUAUGCAUAGCACCUGAAAAGUGUAUAUGUAGACCUGGUUAUAAACUUAAUUCAUUUUCGAAGAGAUGCAUGCUUAUUAAUUACAAGGAAUCGGCUAAAGCACAGGAUCAAUUUUCUCUUGAAAAACUUGAGAGUAGUAUAAAAUGCGAAAAUGGAGGAAGAUACAAUAAAACAUUAAAAUUAUGCCAACCUUUAUGCAAUGUAGAAUGUUCUAAUGGAAAUUGCAUUGCAGCGAAUACAUGUAUCUGUAAUAGUGGUUAUAUUCUAAAUGGUACAACAGGAAAAUGUGAAAGUACUUGCAACACCCUUUGCACAGAUGGUCAUUGUGACUCUGGUGAUUGUGAAUGCAAUCCUGGUUACAUUAAAUCUUUAAAUAGACGUGAAUGUGAGAAAUUGUACUUGUACAUUUUAAAGCUAAUAUUCGGUCUCAUUUUCAUUGGAUUAGUAAUAGCACUCAUUAUUUUUAUUAUUCUCAAAUGCUGCACUACAGAAGCAUUCUAUCAAAUUCAAAAAAAGAAAAUAUUUUUUAAAGAAACACAGAAAUAAAAUAUUUUAAAUUAAUUUAUUUUAUACAUUUUGAUUAAUAAUAUUUUAAAUAAUU